GUAUUUUGGCUUGGUUGGCUGCUCGCUCAGUCAAUGAUCAUCGGCUCCGAGGCCACCGAAGUAGCUGAACAGGCGAAAUUACCUCCGGCUGAGCUGAUGCGGUACUUCGGCUACAACGUCGAAGUUCACAAGGUUACCACUGCUGACGGCUACAUCCUAGAAGUCGACAGGAUACUCCCGAGCUCGGACAGUAACGCCACGGCAAGGCGGACGCCGAUGUUGCUUGUCCACGGUCUGCUCACAAACGCCGCCUCCUGGACAGCGAACCUACCAUCUCGAAGUCCAGGAUUCCUCUUGGCAGAUGCCGGCUUCGAUGUAUGGCUGGUAAACUCCAGAGGUGUGCCGCAGUCGAACUAUCACGUGAAUCUGACUACGAAUGACCCGAAAUUCUGGGAGUGGAGGCGACUCGUUAUAUUUACGUUCAAAUGUGAAAUUAGCUUCGAGCAGGUUGGCACGUUCGACAUGCCGGUUGUCAUCGAUUACAUCCUGAACGAGACAGGAUUCUCCCAGGUGGGCUUGCUGACAACAUCGCAGGGUACAACGGCGUCGCUAGUGCUUCUCUCAUUGCGACCGGAGUACAACGACAAGGUGAACAUUUUCGUCGGCUACGCUCCCGUGGCAAACAUCACGCACUUCACUUCACCGAUGAGGUUGCUCAUUCCUUUCGCUGAAGAAGUCAAGGCGGUGAACGACUUAGUCACGGACGGUGGUUUCUUGGUGACGAACAGCGUGCAGCAAAGGACCCUCGCCACGGUUUGCGACAGCUUCCUACGUGAAAUCUGCUACGAACCACUGGCCAUCCUCUACGGGAAGAAUCCGAAACAACACAACAGCACGAGGGUGCCUGUCUAUGUGACAAACUUACCUGUGGGUUCCUCCAGCCAAAACGUGCUUCACUAUGCUCAGGUCUUCCGGGCGAAGAAUCUUGUCAGGUUCGAUUACGGGGAGGAGAAGAAUAAGGACCUAUAUGGACAGGCCGAUCCGCCACCAUAUCCCUUGGAGAAGAUUCAAGUACCCUUCGCAAUCUAUCAGGGAGAGGGCGACAUCUUCGCCGAUCCGCAGGACGUGGAGGACCUUGCCGAACGUCUUCGAGACGUCCUCGUGCUGAGACAGAUGAUGCCGGAUCCCGAUUUCGGUCACCUCGACUUCAUCUUCGGCUACGAUGCUACCAACAUUCUCCAUCGUCACAUGAUAGAACUUGUCUCGAACUACACAUCAACUGACGCUUGA